UAGCAGAGAUGUUUCUGUCUGUGAUUUUGGAGAAGAUCAAGGUGGAGAGAGGGUUUAUGGGACAUGAUCUCCUGCAGUCUCUCUGUAGGGUUUAUGUAGGCGUGUGUCAACAGAGAGGAGACUGUCACAAAGCACAUGCUCUCGUCUACAGACUCCUUAAAGAAGACUUUCUUGAAGCCCCCAAAGUGAUUAUGGUCAUGGUGACAGCAUGGCCAAGUUUUUUGUCCUAUGAAAGUUCUUUAUGCCGAGUAAUUCACAUAGUGAGCAACCUGAAAGCAAAGGGAAAGAUAUUUCACUUGCUCACCAAGUAUCUGCACUGGGAUGAGGAGCCUCCGGGAAACAUCUACAAUAUGAUUACCAGCACCCUGAAGUCUUUCCUGGAGAACAGCUGGUAUGGUUAUAAUCUCUGCCCUGCUACCUGA